AUGGAUUUCGACGAGUGCGACUAUCUGGAAAAAACCGUUGAGGAACUUGAAGAUUCGAAGAAGAAGAAGAAGAAGAAGAAGAAGAAGAAAGACGGAGGAGGAUUGGAGGAUAAGAGUGAGAGAAGCUAUAGGAAGAGAGAUGGCGAUAGAGAGGAAGAGGAGGGGGAUGGAAAGAGCAGCAGCAAGAAAUCGAGAAGCGGCCGCGUUGAGGACGACGAGGAGAGGAGAGAUCCGGAUAAGGAUAGGCACGGAAACAGCCGCGACAGAGAUAGGGAAAGGGAGAGAGAUAUUGAUAGGGAUUUAGAGAGGAGGAGCAGUAGAGAGAGGGAUAAGGAAAGGGAGAGGGAAAGAAAAGACAAAGAUAAGGAGAAAGAGAGGGAAGGGAGAGAGAGAAGUAGCAGUAGGUCGAGAAGGCACGAAAGUGAUCGUGAGAUUGAGAGAGAUAGGAGGGAGAGAAGCAGCAGUAGGUCGAGGAGGCAUGAGAGUGAUCGUGAGCUAGAGAGGGAGCGGGAGAGAGAUAGGAGAGAGAGAAGCAGUAGUAGGUUGAGGAGGCACGAGAGUGAGCGCGAGCAAGAGAGGGAGCGUGACAUUGACAUCAGGGAUAGCAGGAGAUUUAAGGAUAAGAAAGAUGCAGUGGAGCCUGAAGCUGAUCCUGAGAGGGACCAGAGAACAGUUUUUGCUUACCAGAUGCCUCUAAAAGCAACUGAGAGAGAUGUCUAUGAAUUCUUCUCAAAAGCAGGCAAGGUGAGGGAUGUUCGGCUGAUCAUGGAUAGGAAUUCAAGACGAUCAAAGGGAGUUGGGUAUAUUGAGUUUUACGAUGUGAUGUCUGUGCCAAUGGCAAUAGCAUUGUCUGGUCAACUACUACUCAGUCAACCUGUGAUGGUUAAACCUUCAGAGGCUGAAAAGAACCUUGUUCAGUCCACUACCUCUGGUGCAGGCGCAGGCAGUGUCGUGGGAACAUAUGGAGUUGUUGAUAGAAAAUUAUAUGUAGGGAAUUUGCACUUUAACAUGACAGAAAUGCAGCUUAGACAGAUAUUUGAACCUUUUGGACCUGUGGAGCUUGUGCAACUACCACUUGACCUUGAGACUGGGCAGUGCAAAGGUUUUGGGUUUGUUCAGUUUGCUCAACUUGAACAUGCAAAAGCAGCUCAAAGUGCCUUGAAUGGGAAACUGGAGAUUGCUGGUCGAACCAUUAAGGUUUCAUCUGUUACAGACCAUGUUGUUACUCAAGAUACUACAGCAAAAUCUGCAGAUUUUGACGAUGAUGAGGGGGGUGGCUUGGCUUUGAAUGCUCAAUCAAGAGCAUUGCUUAUGCAGAAACUGGAUCGCUCUGGUAUUGCAACAAGCAUUACGGGAUCCCUUGGAUUAUCCCUCGUUAAUGGAUCUGCUUCAGCUCAGCAGACUGUUACAUUGCCUGUCAAUGGCCAGGGGGCAUAUCCGGCACUAGUUCUACCACCAAUCAUGUCUACUACAGCCCUUGAUCUUAUUGGACAGCCCAGUGAGUGUUUGCUGUUGAAGAAUAUGUUUGAUCCUGCAACUGAGACGGAGUCAGAUUUUGACUUGGAUAUCAAAGAUGAUGUUGAAGAAGAAUGCAGCAAACAUGGCAGGGUGAAGCAUAUUUAUGUUGACAAAAACAGUGCUGGUUGUGUGUAUCUCCGAUUUGAUUCCACAGAAGCAGCGGGUAAAGCUCAACGUGCAAUGCACAUGAGAUGGUUUGCAGGGCGAUCAAUAUCAGCAUUAUUUAUGCGACCCCAUGAGUACGAAGCGAGGUUUAAAGGUUGAUUGGCUUUGAUUGAACCACAUUACAUUGGGUGGCGAACGAGGACAUGUUUCACCGUGGGAUUUUUAUUUCGACAGAGUUUAGAUUUUUAUUCCAUAUGACCAAAA